AUGCCCUUCGAGUGUUCGUCGUGUCCGGCCACAUUCGCCAGCCGCGAGUAUCGGAAAAACCACAUGUUGACUCACACUGGCGAACGACCCCAUCAGUGCAACACCUGUGGUAGGAGAUUUGCCAGGAAAGUCAACCUCACGUCCCACGCACUGACUCAUUCGGGGAAGAAGGCGUUCGCCUGCCACUUACUACCUGUUUGCUUGAAGUUACUAUAUAUUUACUCAUUUUUUAAGAGUGUGGACCCAUCAACCACCGCUACUGCCGUAAAACUCCAUUGCAUCCAGCCAUGGCUAAAACGAAACGACGGACCUCUCAACAGUCCUGCAGCCCUGUUCAAAGAUCUCGAAGAAGAGUCCGCGAGAAUCGGAGGCAAGAUUCUGCCGCAUCGACAGCAGACAAGGGGCGAUAAACAGUACGCCUGCGACGUGUGCGGCAGGAAAUACACGGAAAAGAAGAACCUGGUGAUCCACAGUCGCACGCACACGGGAGAGAGGCCCUUCGAGUGUUCGUCGUGCCCGGCCACGUUCACCAGCAGCGAGACUCGGAGAAGGCACAUGUCGACCCACACCGGCGAACAACCGCAUCAGUGCAACAUCUGUGGUAGGAGAUUUGCCUGGAAAUCAAGCCUUGCGUCCCACGCACUGACUCAUUCGGGGAAGAAGGCGUUCGCCUGCCACGUGUGCGGCCGAAAGUUUUCCCGGAGAGACAACCUCCAGUGCCACGCUCGUACGCACACUGGGGAGAGGUCGUACGCCUGCCACCUGUGUCCCGCUGCGUUCGCGCACUUGAAUACCCUGAAAAGGCACCUCGCAAACCACACCGGCGAGCGACCUCACAAGUGCGAGGUGUGCGGGAAGACGUUUACUGCAAGAUACAUCCUUUCUCAGCACAAGAAUAUUCACUCAGGCGUGAAGACGUUUAGCUGUCAGUUCUGUAGCCGCAAGUUUAGUUCGAAGAAAGGGCUAUCCAGGCACACCCGCACGCAUACGGGCCAGAAGCCGUAUUUCUGCCACCUCUGUCCCGCCGCGUUCUCGCAGUGGAGUACGUUGAAGAGGCAUGUUCUGAGCCACACCGGCGAGAGGCCUCAUGGUUGUGAGGUAUGCGGGAAGAGAUUCACCCGAAGAGAGAACCUUUCGCGCCAUAAGUGUCUUCACUCGGCUAGUAGCUAA